AAAACAAUUCAGAAUUUCAGAUUUAAAUGUAUCUAUAUAUGAGAGGUUUUAUGAAUUCAUUGUAUAUUUGUAUUAUUUUUCAUUUUUCUGAUGUGUGAUAAUUUUGGUUGUUGUGAUAAGUGAUAAAUACAUUUGAAAAAAAAUGUCCGUUACUGGUUACUAUACACAGUGGGCGGCGUUAGUAAAUACUUAAUAGUUAGCUAAAUAGUGGCUUACAAGUGGUGUGGUAAGUAAUUUGAGGUUUCAUUUCUUAAUAUUCUCUAUUCUUGCGACUUAUGUUAAAACUCGAUAUUUCAUAAACAGAAUGUGCGUUUUCUUUUUUGGCUUAUAUAAAUUUGUUUGACAUAUAUUAAUAACGUUAAUUUAAUUUAUAAAUUGUUCAUUUUAAAAAGUUAUCUGUUAGUAAAUCAUGGCUCCAACACUGAAGAAAUCAAGAAAGUCUCUGUCAACAAAAUUUCAAUCUUCGAAUACGGCUGACAAAGAAAAUACUUUUUUGCAUAGCAUUAGUGAAUUUCAUAGUAGAAUCAGACGAAGAGAAUCAAUAAGGCUUAAAUAUAAGGUAUGUACCCUUGUAUUUAGUUACUACCUGUACAAGUAAUCAUUCAUCCUAGAUGUGUUGAAAACAAAAAAUUAGAAGUAGGUACCUACUUAGGUUCUUAAUAAAUUGCUUAAAAUGACUUACCAAGGAACUUCAUUUAUGUCGCUAGUCAUUGUUUAUUCUUAAGCUGAUCCCACACAAGUCGUGUAAUCAAAGAAUAUUUGAUGAUAGUUGUACUUUUUGAGUUGUAGGCAUAGGUAGAAUUUAUGUUAUCGUUAAGCAUAAUGCUAAUUUCUUAUCCGCCAAGAUAAUAGUGUUCCAUAAUUGCCAGAAAUACGAAUUGUUUUGAUAGUAAAUAAUCAAUAAAUACAUAAGUCUAGUAGGAAUAUAUAGAAUAAAGAACUUUAAAUAUUCCCGGAGCAUCUACAGACCACACUUAUGAUUAUGAUGCUGGUCAUGCACUCGAGUUAUCUAGGACAGCUGGUACCUACCAGAGAUAAACCUAAUACAUUUUAAGAAACAGAAAGAAAUUUGCAAAGAAUUCAUUUUUUGUAUUUGUAUUAUAUUAUGUUAAUUGAGAAAUUUCUAACUAAACAUUAGUUUAGAUAUUAUUGACUUUAAAAUCUUUUAUGUGUAUCAAAAUAUAACUAAAUACCUAACUAAGUAAGUAUAAUAGGUAUUAUUUUAUAAAUUGUUUAAUCGUGAUUGGUUAGUGCUUUUGAAACAAAUAUAUAGAUUGUUUUAUGUUAUUUAUUUAUUUAUAAUAAACAGGCUUGUGACUACACAUUAAUAUAAUUACAAAUUAUUUGAGUUACAUUAAAUUACAAGUUAGGCAUAAAAUAUAUAUUUGGUUCGAAGAGGAGAAAAGUGUUGGUUUAAGGUACAAAAAUGUUUUAUACUUUUACUCAAUUUUUACUAUUAUUAUUAUUUACAUUUUUAGUACUUAUCAACUUAUUAUUAAGAAACAUAGUUUUAAGUGAUUUACAUAUUAAAAUUAAACAUUAUCUAAAUAUCUUUUAAAACAAUUAACUAAGUAUCUCCUUAGGUAUUUUAGUAUUUUACUCAGUUUAUUAAGUAUAAUCUGGUGUAAACAAAAGUAUGAUGCAAAUCAUUAAUUAGGAAAUUGUAAUAUACAAUAUCAAAUCUACUAUAAGGUAUAAAAUAGUAGAAGGAAGUAAUGAAAUAUUCAUAGUGUCUUGCUUGUAUGGACAUAAUACAAAAAAUAGGUACACUUCAAUCGCCUUGUUGUAAAAUUGUAUUGUAUUGUAAGUAAUGAUGAGUAUUUACCUGGUAAACAUUUUUCGGGUAAAUUUAUUUUCAAUUUAACUAAUAUACAGCAACACAUUUUCAUUUUUUUAUUAUUUUUUUUUAAACAGUUAUCAUUCACUGCUGGUAAACUUAAAAAAAAUGACAAUUAUUAUUACUAUAUAACAAAGUAAAAUAAAAAUAUUACACUGUGAUGUUUAAAAAAUAUUUUCCUAAAUUUUGGGUUGAUAAAUAUAUCUACUUGUAGAUAAAUAUAAUUAUAGUUUAUAAUAUUGUAUGUAUCUACGUUUAUAAAAUUAAACACUGGUCAGUACCUACUGCGUUUAUUUUUUUCUGUUAGGGAAAAAUUAUUUUAUGUGAUAUCCAAAUAGUUUAUUUGUGCCUGAUACCCUUUUGGCUAACAAACUCAAUCUUUUUAAUUUGAAUAGUAUGAAAUGAAAAUAAAAUGUUACUCUUUAUUGCAUAAAAUAAUUAAACAAUCAUUUAAAGAUGUUACUUAUAAAUAAUAAUGUAUGCAGUUGUCACUUGAAUACAUUGAUACAGAUAAAUCAAAAAUGUUCAACUUCUAAUUGAUAAAUACCUGUUGGAGUCUAAAUAAUAAUACUACUCAUGUGAACAUUUAAAAACACACCAAUCAGCAAAUUUGUAUAAAAAAAAGACCAAAGAAAAAACAAAUACAUAUUAUUCAAUUUUAGUUAAUAGUAUUUUUCUUGUUUAUCAAAAAAAAAAAAAUGUACGUUUUUUUUAGAUAUGUAAAUUUGUUCUGAUUACUUUUUAAAAAUAAUAUCGCGUAAAUGGUCGCCUUCAGAGUGAAUGGUGUAAUGUGCUCGUUUUUGGCAUUUCCCAUCACUUUUCGAAGUGUUUCCGGCUGAAUAGCAACCAUUUCCUGUCAUAUAAUAUCUUUCAACAUUUCUAGAGUCUGUGAUUAGGUUCAAGUUAAGUAAAAUCUAGAAUUCAACUAACCCUACAGGAUAUAGUCUGGAGGUGUUAAAUAGGGUGAUCGCGAAGGUGAGUCUAAAUCACCUGUAUAAUAACAAUAAUAAUAAUUUACAGAUUACUUUCCUAGUUUAUACAUGCGUCCUUGUAUUUUAUCUAACCUAUGCUGUUUUUAAAAUUAUUAUGGUUUUAAUUAUAUUUUUAAACAGGAUGGUGAAAUUACGAUUUGAUCAAGUUUUGUUUUUUUAAUUUUGUUUUGUUUAAAAUAAAAUAUCUGUACAUUUGUAGUAUUGGUUUGCUUUUGUUCAUGUCAUCAAGUUUUGAAAAAUAUGUAUCAUAUUCAAUUAUAUAUAGUACCAAUAAAUUCUGACAAAAAUAUCAAGAUAUGAAAAUAGCCAAUUUGCGUGAGGUAUCUAAUCUAGCGUUUAAAAUAAUUAUAAAUUUAUAAAGUUAUGCACUAUAUGUCUCCAUAUAGUAUUAUGAUAUCCUAUACAGUUCAUUGUUAUCUAUAACACGUGUUUUAAGUCUUGAGGAACACUUCAAUACAAUUUUAAAUUAUUUAAUAGUUUUUUAAUAUUGAUGAAUCAGUAUUUGGUUUUGCAAUAUUAAAAAUAUAAUAAUUUAAAAAUUUAAAUUAAUUUAUGACAAAUAGACUACUAUUGUACAAUAGUUACUUCCUACCUAUUUAGGUGAUGUCUGAAUAUAAUAAUAAAAAAAAAAAAAACAAUUUUAUGUUAUACACUAAAUAUUAUACAUCAACAAUAUUUAGAACCUAUAACGUUUACUAUGUCAAAAUGUAUAAUUUAUAAGCUAUACAAUUGAGUAUAAUGCAUUUCAACCUUGAUUUUAAGUUUGCACGAGAGGUGUGGUUAAUUUAGAAGAGUUAGUAAAAUAGUUGAAAGUAAAAUACUCUAGGUAUGCAAUAGUAUUAAUCAGUUUCUACAUAAACUUUAAUUGAUAAUACUAACUAAUAAUACAAAUGUUCAAUUACUUACAAUUCCCCAAAAGUGAAAAUUUAAAAAAAAAUUACCAAGAUUUACAAUUAUCUAUACAAAUAUAAUAAUAUUUUUUUUAUAUAUAGAAAAUAUUUAGAAAUUUAAAUACAAGAAUUGUUAGUGAUAGUUAUGACAUUUUUAAAAUAAAUGUUUCGUUUUAUUGAAUUUAAUAUUUGUUUAAAGUAUUCAAAUUUUUACAGGUUAGAGUUAAAGUUAGUUUGUUAUUUGGAACAGGAAAUAUUUUGAUUUAAUAUUUUUUAUUAAAAAUUUCUAUUAUAUUUACAGUAUAUUUUAAUAUUAGUAAAUUUUUUAGUAUUCACCUAACAGUAUUAAGUUUUAGAUAUCUUCUAAUUAUAUUAUAGUUUGUUAUUGUUAUUUAGUAGGUGUUAUAUUUCAAUAAAGUUAUACUAGAUAUACAUAUAUUAUAUUCAUUAGCAACUUCUAAAAAUAAUAUGUACAUACCCAUUUAUCAUCUUGUAAUACAUUAAAUCGUAAUUUGUAAAAAUAAAGAAAAAUAAUUCAUACCAAUUAAACAUAAUAUGAACGUAGGUUUUCUUAUAUGUCUUUUGUUACUAUAAUAUAUAAUAAUUUAUAUUUUCAAGACAUUUGUGGGUAGUAAAAACUGUACGUUUUAACUUUUCACAGUCAAUUGGUCAUUUUAAACAAUUGGAUUAUAUGAUAUCUACUACAAUGUGUUUUACUCAAAUGAUAACAUAAAAUAUUUCAGACGUACAGACCUAGAUCGAUAAAGUGUUUUUGCUCAGUUUUUAAGUACAAAAAUUCAUACUGUGAAUACAUUUUUUAAAUGUUAACACUUUUGGUGAAGAAAUAAAAUUUGCAUUUUCUUCAUUUCAUUACUGCAGUUGACUGCGAAGCUUCUAAUAUGCAGUACCACACUCAGCUGUAAUAAUAGCCCAAAGCUUAAAUUAAUACAAUUUUUUCUAUCUCAAAAAUUACUUUAGAUACAGCCAUAUUAAGUUGAUCAAAAAUAUGUUAUUAUACAUAUAGGUAUUUUUAUUUUAACAUUGAACAAUACGGUUUGUGUUUAAAAAGUAUUACAGGUUCUACCUAUAUUAAGUAUCUAUAAUAAUAUAAGUAUAAUUAAGCAUUAUAUAACUCAUUGCAAACUAAAAACGUACAGUUUAAUAGAAAUCUAUAGUAAUAAAGUGAUAAAUUGGUAAAUUAGGAGGAGAAUCUCUUAAAAUGAGAGUAUUUACACAACACCAGUUUUUGACUAAAUACAAUUUGCUUUAGAUUCUGACUGGAGUGAUUUUACAAUGAUGUUUAUUUUUUUAUUUAUUCCGUGGGCAACUUUUCUAUUAACAAUUUUGCUCCGAUUUACAAUGAUAGUACUUUUUCUGAAAGGAAAUCUGACUAGGGUGGUACUUUAAGAAGGUAAUUUUUUGAUUUUCUCAUCUGUUUUUAUAAUAAAUGGUAAAAACCGGGAAAAAACUUUGGAAAAACAAGAAAAUAGGUACACUAUUAAAUAAAGAAUAUAAGAAAAUAUAUAAUGCAUAUGUAAAGCAACUCUAUUAACCGAACUCCACUCAGAAUUAUUUUUUUUGUUAGAAAUGGUUAAUCUUUGUAUAUAAAUAUACAUUAAAUUUCCCCUAUACCUUCCCAACUUCUCACCUUCAACAGUAGCCCACUCAUCGUGCGAAGUAUGUCCGUUUGUUUUUAUUGUACUUUAUUUCUGAAUAAGAAAUAAGGUCUUGUAAAACCUAAUAUUUUUACCGAAUACUCUACAUAAAAUCAUUUUAUAAAGUGCAAUUUUGAAACUAUUUUACUACCAAGACAAAAAAACCUAACCUUACUUAACCUUAUGUUAAAUCUUUAAAAUUAAAACGUACUGUAACCAUGCCUAUGAUAUUUAAUUAUUUCAAGUUUUGCAAAUAUUAUUCGUCGACCUAUUAGAUUGAAUAAUAAAUGUAUUGUUGAAGAAUUUUAUGCAAAAUGGCAAUGCUAUAUAGUCCCUUGUUGGUUAUAUCAUACAAGUAUAAUACCAACGUGAAUAAUAUAUUUAUUUUUUUUUGUAAUAAAUAACCUUGGGCAUAAUCUUGACUAGUGUGAACGACACGUGUGCGUUUUCUCUUUUCCGAACUGAGUUUUCAUCUUCAUAUUUCUUUUAUGUGUUAAAUAAUACUAUGAUCUAUACAAACAAUAAUCGCAACAGACGUGUGUGACAAUCUACAUUAGAGUCCACUGACUCGAUAGUAGGUGAAGAAACUUUCUACUGUUUAUAAUUUAAAAAAAACAAAACAUUAGUUUAGGGUCCUUUAAACUUUUUACUUAUGAUCAUUACAUUUUAAAUAGUCUAUUUCUAUAAAUAAGCGCAGGGAAUUUAUUAUUAUUAGGGUAUCAUUUAUGGUUUAUAAUACAUUAUACAUAUUAUGUAUAACAUAUUUGUGGCUUGGUGCAAGAAAUCAAAUAGAAAAUUGGAAGUUGAAAAAAAUAAAUUUAUUACCAAAAAUGUAACGUCAAGUACAUAACUAUUGUAAUAAUUUUUUUUUUACAUUGGUCCUUCUUGCACCAAGUCACAGGCGUAUAUUCAUAUGUAGUUUUAUAUUAGGUUUCGGUAAUAUAAUGUGAUAAUAAUAAUUUUUAGUAGACAUAAUAAAUGAGUCAAUUAAUAUGUAACAGUUAUUAAGAUUUGAGAAUUAUAGGAAGUUUAUAUAGGCGUUACAUAAAUUCUAUAAAAAAAAAUUGUCAACGAUCAUCAAGGAGAAUUUAAAAUUAAAUAUUGUUAUACAGUUAAAAGUAUUAAUACAUUCAAUUGUUUUGAUUAUUGUUACUUGUUGCGUAAUCAUUUUUCGACAGCUAUUUUUCUGGGAAUAAAAACGCGCAACAAUUCUAUCUCUAUUAAGUUAUCUAUCAAAAUUAAUUUCUCCUGCAGGAUCGAUCAUACGGUGACGAGCCAUAGUUGAUCAAUUGUUUAAUUCACUAUCUAAUCGCAUGCGAUUAUUGUGUAAUAAUAAUUUGUAAUUUUUUUCAUUGCUGAUCGAUGAAUAUUUUUUUAUUUUUUGAAUACCUUUCCUAUAACCCUUAUUCGAUUUAGGACAAUAGUUAGUAGGCGAUAUUAUAUAGAUAUAUUUUACCUAAAUUAAAUAUGAUAAUAAUAGUAUGUACAGUUAUGAAAAUAUAAAAUAAAUUUUCGUCAAAGCUUAAAGCCACCAGCAUUGUACCUUUUUAUUAUUAAAAUAUAAAAAUCCAUUGGGAAAGAAAUAAACCAAUUUUCCUGUACUAAAAUUAAUUUUUAUCAUUAUUUUUAGUUCAGUAUUAUAUAAAAAAAAUAAAAAAUGUUAUUUCUUUAUUUUUGCAAUUAUGUGUAUUAAGUGUAGCCGAGUCAGUGUAAUGCAAUAAUUACGAAAUCACACAUUUGUUCGUGUUUCUUGCACGAGACAUUAUGUUAUAUUUCACGUGUGAUAUUGUAAUAAAUACUAAUAGUACUCGUGUAAUAGCCAAUUUUUAAGCGUGAAAUAAUGUUCAAUUUUCCAAAUAUUAAUUAAAUACAUUUAGUAGAUAAAAAUCAAUGUACAUAAAUAUUAUGAUUGAAUAUUUGAUAUAUUUUAACGUAUUAUUAGAAGAAAAAAAAAUGAUAUUUUUACAUUAUUAUAAUGUUUAAUUUCGUCACUUAAUAGGUUAAUAAGUAUAAAGUAAAUGAUAGAUGACUCGACAAAAAUUCGUGUGUAUAGUUGUUUGUGUAGUUAAAAUACACCUUCCAAUGUAAUAUUAGAUAAAAUAAAUAAGAAGAAUAUUGAUUAUAAUCGAUUGUUCUAUAUUAUCGAUUAUGACGACAAGGAUAUUAUUGUUAUUCAAUUAGAAUGUCGUGGAAUCAAUUAAAAGGUCGAACAUACGACUACUUGGCACGUAUAACGACUUAACCAGGGACGAUGAUUCGAGGGUUGUAAGUUGUGACGUAAAUGUUUUCCCUCGUGAAUUCUUAUUCUGCAUCGUUUCGAUUUCAAUUGUUUAGGUCAAAUAACGCAACGAUAUAUAUACAAGGUAUCCCACAAAAAACUCGUAGGGUUAAGAGCAAAUAUUUAUAUUUUAUUUAAAUUUUUAUAUUUAAGCAAAGAACUUAAAAAAAUAACUUUUAUUUUAUAAUUUUAGAAAAAUAGAUAGCCAUUUUAUAGAGUUUAUUUUUUUUUAAAAAUUAUUGAACGAAUGAACGUAUCAAUUUUUUCAUUAAAUUUUUGAUUUUGAAUACUUUUUUAAAGUUCAGGGAAUAGUAUCUAUAACUAUGCAGUAGACUGUAAUUGCAUUCGUUAAUUGUUUAUUAUUAUUAUCAUAAUUAAUUGACUGUUCACUUUUUUUUUCUGGAUUUAAAAACCAUGAAUUUAAUGAAAUUAAAAGUUGAUAGGUCAACAUUUUUUAGUAAAAUAUAAAAUUGCUAUCUUCGACUUUUUCAAAAACAAUAAAAUAAAAUAAAUUUUUUACCAAAAUAUAAAAAUUAAUUUAAAUUUAAACAUUUGUAGCCCUUAUCUUUAUGAAUAAUAUAUAAAAACAAAAUAAAAACGGAAUUUGACGGAAACUUUAUUAUCUCCAAAGAUAUUACAAUGGAAAUAUCUUUCGUUUUUAUUUUAUAUUUAAUUUACAAAAAAAAUACUUGGAAACUUAUUUAUAAAUAAUUACUAAGUCUACAAAAAUGAUUCAAUACAAUUUUUUCGUAAAUUUAAAAUUUGACCAAGUAUAAGUUAAUAAUAAAAAUUUUACCCUUUUUCAUAGAACUUUUAGCUUAAGUCAGCACCUGUUAAUCGUGAUCUUUUAUCGCGCUUAAGAAGAUUUAGGAGAUUUAUUUUUAGAUGUAUUAAAAAAAAUUUCUGGCCGUCACUAUUUAAAUUUAACAACUUCAAAAAAAAAAAUGGGAGCCUAAUAUAUAUAUGUAUUUCGUAGAAUAACCAAGAGCUCAUUUUCUCCACAAUCACAUGCCAAAAGAAAUUUAUGAAUUAUCUUACCUUCCUCCAAAAAAAUUCAUAACAUUUAAAAGACCUGUACUAUAAAGAGUUAUACUAAGGCCCAUAAACACUUUCUGUUUUUUCCCAUAGUCAUUGCAUUUAGUCAAAAAAAUUUGUGCAUGCUAAAUUUAACCUAAAUGCCAUAACUAUAUAAUUCUAUAAAAAAAAUAAUAUAUAAUAAUAAUAAUAAAAAAUACGUAGAUCGUAUACAUAAUGUAUACAAAUCCUGUAACUUUUUUUUUUUUAUUAUGAAUUCAAUUCUGAAUAUCAUUUGUUUUGCGAGAUCGCGCGUAGCGUUUGAAUGGUGAUCUAUUUCUUUUUGCUCUUACUUAAACUUAAAAACAUGUUAACGGGUUGAUGGAAAUUUAAAAUGUUAUAACUGAAAUGUAUUAAGUUUAAACUAAAACUUUAUCUAUUUAUGUUACUUGUUGUAUAAUAGGUUGCUGUUUGAAAAUCAUAUACGGGUAGUGGUUUCAAUACCAAAAAUGAGAGUAAAAAAAGAAGGACUGUAACAUUUUAGAAUAAAUAAUUCCAUAAAUCAUUUUUUGAAAAAAUAAGUAAUUCAUGAAAAAUUUGAAUGUAUAUAUAGUUAAACUAUGAUGAUUAAAUGCAUCUAAAUAUUUAACAUUUUUUUUUUUUUUUGGUCUUUUUGACAAUGCAAUCACAAAUAUGAUCUUACGUAAUAUUUACCUUACUGUUUUUUAUGAAUACUAUUAUUUUCAUCAGGUUUUGUAUGACUAGGUAUUGUGUGUUAACCUUUUGAAUUAAUUUCUUAGUAGUUAUAAUAUAUACAAUAUGUAGUUUACAUAUUAUUGUAAUUUUGAGUUUUGACAAUAUAUUACACACUUCCUUUUCAAUUGGUAAUCUGUAAUCUGUACGUAUUACACAGGAAUAUUUUAUUUUUAAAAUGACAAUUUACAAAUCUCUAAAAAUACGAAAUAAUACAAAGACCUUAAAUCAAAUUAAUUAUGUAUUUUGUUGGGUUUUUUUUGUCAUUAUAUGAAAAUAAGACUAUAGUCAAUUAUGACAAAAUUCGAUGGUUAGGUGAGUUGUUUAAUUUAAUAGUGUUUAUAAUAUAAUAACUAUUUAAUAUUUUCACUUUAUAAUUAAACAAUAAAAUUACUUAUUGUUUUACUUAUCUUACGUGAAAAUUUACGAUAUGUAUUAUUUUUAAAUCGUAAAUAUUACGGCCUUUCAAAACAUGUGUAAUCUAACUACGUUUUUCGUUAGCAAAGAUUAAUCGUUACGUUUAGGUGUACAUUAUAAAUUUCCCUUUUUAUCUUAUUUUUCCAACUUCUCACCUACAACAGUGGCCCACCCAUCGUGCGAAGUAUGUUCGUAUCUUUUUUCUUUGAAUUUGUUGACAGUUGGUACGGUGAAUCACAUAAGACAACUUCCUGUAGAAUUUGCCCUAAGUUUGUAGAAAAAUGGCGGAAUGAUUACCCUGUGACAUAUAGACGGAUACAACGAAAUUAAAAGGGUUACGUUUUUGCCAUUUUGGUUACGAAAUUCUAAACAAACACCAGUUACAUACCACAGACAAAUGAUUUAUAUCGCUUACUCUAAUGACUAGUAGAUUUAUUCUUUUAUUCAAUACAAUAAAUCAUUAUAACAUCUCUUUGAGUAAAUAUACGUUCAUAAUCCUUAUAGGUACACAAAGGAAGUUUAUUUGAAAUAUGUAGUUGACAUUGUAUUUCUUGUUUUGAUUUUUUUUUUUUUUUUAAUACAAAAUAAUCUUAUUUAUUAGUACACCGUAAAAAACGGAAGCUUGAAAUUAACGAUUAUAGUUAGAAAGUAUAAAAAUUAUAAGAUGAUUAGAAAAUUUAACAAUUAUUAUUAUUAUUAUUUAUUUUUUUUUUGUGUUACUUUUGUUGAUCGAAUCGAUUAUUGACGAGUAUUAUCCGAUUGAAACGUGAUUGUUACAUAUUUUAGGUUUUUUUCCUUUAUACAUAAAAUACACAUAAUCAAUGUAACAAAAUGAUCAGAAAGCGUACGUGCUGUUGGUAAUGUGUUGAGUACAGUACAGCUUAUACGAGAAAGAAGUCACUGUUUAGUUUCCGACGAAGGAGUCAAAUAUAUUUUAUUCUAUGAAUUUACGUAUUAAAAUGUAUUAUAGUUUAAGUAUGAUAGGUAGUUGUAUCGCAUACCACUUCAUGUUGUUAGUGGAUAAUUUUGUUUUGUGUAUACCUGAAGAAAAACCGCAACGACAAAAUUAUUAAUUUAUUGAAAUAUCUGGUAGAUUUACUAGGCAUAAAGAAUAUUCAAUAAAACGCGAGUUUUUGGAAAAUAUCUAAUGAAUGUGCUUAUAAUACUAACUGAUAAUUAUCAACAUUUUAAAUUCGAUAUUUUUGAGUUUUGAAAGUAUUACUGAUUUUUUUUUAAUCCGAUUUCCAUAGCCUCUUAUUUGAUAAGAGUAUAUUAUAUAAAUUUGAGUUAUACAAAUAAGUACCUAAGUAUUAAUAUAACUGAUCAUUAGCUUCUACAUUGGUGUUUCAAAUGUAUGAUUUCUUGUAUACCUAUAAAAUGAUCUCAUAUUAUGUACCCAUAUAGAAUUUACGCGAAUUCCAUAUGAGAUAAUACUAUUUUAUAUGCAUAUAUAUGGUGGUUAUUACCAUACCAAUAAAUAAGUGUUUUUAUAAUUAAUUUGCAACACAAUUUCUUAAGAAUUUAGAUUUGAAAUGUAUAUUGUAUAUUUUAAUUAUUACCUCUCACCGAAAUAUGAAUAUUGUAUCAGUUUCGCACGAAUCUUAAGAAAGCGUUAUAAUUGAUUUAGCCCUGAAUGAUGAGUAAACAUAAAAAAACGUAACAUAUAUGUAUCGUGGCUUACACGUUUUACUUUUGUAAUGAAAAUAAUAGUUAUUCUGGUGUUCGAUUUUUUUUUAUUUAUUAUUUACAAUAUGUUUGUAUUUAUAUAUUCGUCAAGUCUUAAAUGUACCUAAUUGUAUUAUAAUAAUCUUUCGAUUGAUUUUUUUUUAAAAUAUUGUUUUACAUUAAAAAAUGUAUAACUUUUAAUCAGAAUUUAUGCCAUCUAAUUAUAACUUAGUAUGUUUAAUAAUAUUAUAUUUUAGAAAUAAUAUUCUUCAUUCAGUCAUCUAUCUUACUUAUACCGUCUCGGAACACACGUAUAGAAUAUAAUUAUAUUUAAGUCUAAGUUCUUUGACCUUAUACAAGUGACAAAUUAAAUAUUAAAAUUCAUAUUCGAGUGUGAAGGGAUUAUUAUUAAACAAAUAAUUUGUCUAAAUCUACCAGCGUGAUGUAUUGGUUUUCCUAUCUUUUUUUAGUAUUUGUAAACAACUUUUCUUGCAUAAAACUUGCUCCAGUCGAAAAAUACAAAUUACUUUUUCUGUUGCGUUUUAUAUUAGUUGGUGCAUUGGGAAUACUAUUUUUUGAUUAUUUCAGAGGUUUUCGUAAUAAUUAGGAAAAAUCAAGAAACCAAAUUUCAUAAAAAACUGACAAAUAUUUACGGUACGCUCCGGUAAGGCAUUUCAUUAUUUAAAAUUUUUACAAAUGUAUGUUUUCUACUAUAUAAAUCUUGCUCCAACCGAAAAAUGACGAGAGAUAUUUCUUGAUGCAUUUUGAAUUUUCCAACUAGAUUUCAUAAUAAUGAGAGAAAAUUGGAAAUACUUAAAAUAAAAACUGACAAAUUCAUGGUGUUAAUAUUUUCAUUUUUUUUUCCAGUUUUCUUUUCUACCAAUAAUAUUACUCCAAAUUUCAAAAGUAACUUCUUUUAAGUAGUAAAAUUUUGUCUAAUUAUUUCGUUAGUUAAGUCGUUUUUUGAUUUUCAAUGUAGUUUUCUUAAGAAUUGAAUAAUACCGGGGAAAAACUGGAAAGUUAACGGAAAUAAUGGCUUUAUUAUUUUCAAUUUUGUUUUCGGUUAAACAUAUUCGUAAAUACCUGAUAUUUCCACAAAAUACUUAUUUUAAAUUUUUCUAGAUGUGAUAAUAUUUUUAACACAUUCUAGCCAUAUUUAAGCUGUUGAUAGGCAUUUUCGAGUUUUUUAUAAGUUUUUUUUGGAUAGAUAAAAUAGAUUAAGAUAAGAUAAAUUUUAUAGAUAAAAUAGUUUGAAGAAACCUUUGAAAAUUUAACACGAGGUUUAUGUAAAGAGUAUUUUAUAGUCGUUUUAAGAUUAAAUAUUGACGAAAAUUGUAAAAAUCACGGCAUUACAAAAUUUAUAUAAUUAAGUUUUGUUCAGAUUUUUCGUUAACAAUGAUAUCGUUGCCUAAAUAAAGUAACUUUAUGUAUCCCACCGCCCAGCUUUCCACCUAUAUCAGUGUCAUAUUCGUUCCCGGUGUCAGUUUUUUUUUUUAUUGACACUCGUAAGUAUCUUUUGUUCAUAAAAACGAUUGUUUUUUUUUGUCAAUAAAAGUAAACUAAUUUAGACUGUCUUGAUAAAAUAAUACACGACAACCUUACUAAAUGAUUAUUGGUGUUAUUGAAGUAUUUAAAUAUUGGAUGUUCUGCAGAUAAUUUAUCUAGAGUUAUCUUAGUGUUGUUAUUAUUAUAUUAAAUUUAUUAUAUCAACUGCCAAAAAUAAUGGCAUCCAUCAACAUUAUGAUAUUAUACUAAAAUCUUUAUUCGAGACAGUAUAUUAAUAGUUGUUUUACAUCACCAGCAUCUUCUAGUAGUGAGUGGAUUUUGAUUUUACGAUAUUGUGUUUUUUUUUCAAUUAACACUGUAUUUCAAAACAAUAUAUACAUACUCAAAACAUAUUAUAUGCGAUAGUAGAGUUUGGUAAUAAAAUUUAAGUUAUACAUGUUUACAUGUAUUCUCGUUAUUUUCAGAGCGUUGAACUGCUAAUUCAAGAAAAAAAAAUGAUUUUUCUGAAUUAUAAUAUCUGUGUUUGAUAUUUUUAACUAUAUAUAUAUAUACUAUUAUUGGAUGCAACUUUUUGACCACGUUUACCAUCUGCAAUGGUGUAACCAAAUAAUUAAAAGUAUAUUUUAAAUGUAAAACCGUCACAUUGAACUCUUCUGGCUUGUGCAAUCUAACUUAUUUAAAUUGAAAAUAAACUUAAAAAUGUACAAUUGUAUUUUCUUUUCGUUUUGUAUACACAUAUUAAAAAUAGUUUAUAUCAAAAAACGUAAUAGAUUUUAUUCAUAGGUAGUUAAAACUUAUAAAAUAAUAUACAUUCAAAUUGUAAGUAAUUAAUUAUCAGUCUACGUGCGUGUUUCGUGUAUACGUUCAAAUUUAUUGUAUAAAGGCAUUUUUAUUGAGAAUAAAUUCUAAUUCACAUUAUGUUGUUCAUUAAAGUAACAGGAAAAUAAAUAUUAGGUAGGAGCGUUCGACAUAUUAUCGUAGUAUUUUAGGAGUAAUAUAUUUUUUCAUUACAACGUAAUUCAUGUUUUAUCAACCUAAACCGACCACCAGAUUAAACCCACCAGAUACAUAUGUCAAAAAUAAUUGAAUCAACCGGCGUUACUGUCAAGGUUAUUUUGCCUAGGUAAUAUAUUUGUUAAAAUAAUUUGUAAUGUGAAGAUUAUUUGUUUUAUUUUUUUAUAAUGAAAUAGAACCAAAAAAAAAAAAAAAUGAGUAGAAAAAGCGUUGCAUUCAAAACAAAACUCUGGAUUAACAUUUCAACCAAGUGCCUCUCGUAUUUCUUAUUUUAAAUAUUUAAAUAUACGGUUAUAGUAUCAUAAUUAUAUGGUUAACGAGUUUGAUAGAUGCUUUAAAGGUUAUAUUAUAAUUAUUAUAAUCUAAAUGAAUAAUAACACACCGGUAAUCUUGUAUUUAUUUACUUGUCAGAUCUUACAAACUUAAGUUGAAAAUCGUAUUCAUAUUUGAAUCAUUAUUAUUUUGUAAAAAAUAAAGUUGAAUUUUUAACAUAGUUAGGUAUAUAAUAAGUAAUAACACGAAUAAUUUUUCAAAUGGCAAAAAAAAAUCUAAAAUCUGAUUUGUCUUAAAUUUUAUUACGAUAAGAUUAAGGUCGAAAAAUAUUCCGCUUUUAAAUUUCACUAUCCAAUAAAAAAAAACAUAUACAAAAAUGAAACUAAAACUUAGUACUAAAUAUAAUGACUUCCUCUCAUUAUUCAUAAUCUAAAAAAUAAAAGCUAAACUAAUAUAUUUUAUUACCAUUGCUUCAAAUUAAAUUUUUUGUUCGAGUAUUAUAAACAAAAAUAUCAAAAAUAUUCCUAUAUACCCGCAUUAUAGUCUGUGAUAUUUUAGUUUACCUUUAUCAAUUUUUCUUUUUUUAUAAUUAUUUCUUAAUAUUUUUAAAUGGUAUAAUAAAUAUUUAUCUUUAUAUAAUUAUUUUACUGUACCUAGAAUUUUGUAUAUCAUGCGAGUUAGUUUAUAUAGAAAUAAGAUCUAAAGAAGAUGACCUCUAUUUUUUGUGAAAUUAACGAAUUCGGUAUAUUUCAUAAUUACAGAUCACCAAGAGUUUAUUUUUUUUUUUGUUUAGAUAAAAUGCAUUGUAUAUAAUAUUAAUGCUUUAUAGGUUCCAUUAUUCGCAAUUUAAUUUUUAUUUAGUCCGUCAUUAGAGCUCAACUUAUUAGGCCGAUCAUUUAUUUCUAUAUACUUACCUAUAUAAAAUCGAUAUUAUAUUAUGUACGUUUUAUAAUGAGGAAUAUAAUAAGUUUAAAUUAUUUUCAUAUUAUUAUACUAUAAACAUAUCAUAUGCGGUCUGCGGUUUUAAACCUGGAUUUUUGAAAAAGUAACGGAGAUAGGAACGGAUCGAUUUUGAUUUAUAUUUUAUAUAGGAAGUCGAGUUUAUUUACUAUAUAUCAUUAUGGUUUAUGUGUUUAUGCUACAUUAUACUUUAUCGAUUAUUUUCAUAUUAAACAACAUUAGUACCUAAAUAUAUAGCGUUAAAAAAAAAAAUUGGGUACAUUAUUUUGUAUUUUGAACCUAUAUAAAAUCUAAAAUAACAUGUUUAUUUAUCUAAAAAACCGUUAUAGGUAUUAGAUUUUACAUUGGAUAAUUACAAUAAUUUUAUUUAUUUAUUUUUUUAUGAUGGAACAAAGAUACGAUCACUAUUUUUAUUAUUACGUUUUGUGAACGAUAAUAUUUUAACCAUUUGAAUAAAAUCUUAAAUUAACAGUGAAUAUUUUCACUAGAAAUACGUAUAGUUAUUCUAAAAGUUUUUUUGUUUGGGGCUUUGGGUUUUAUAACAAUAUUUAUUUAACAAAGCAUCACUAUCACCUGAACUGCACUUAGAAUCGUUUUUUUUUUGUUAGCAAUAGUUCAUUGCUGCUUACAGGUAUACAUCAAAUUAACUAUAACAGUGGCUGCACCCGUCUGCAUUAUCCUAGGACGUCUUUUUUUAUUUUGUUUUUUAAAUAACUGUAACUUUUUUAAUAGUUUAUAAUUCAAAAAACACCUUUAAAAUUCCAAAAUAUUGUUCUCUAUAAAUUUAAAAAUAGGUAAUUUUUUUCUAAAAUCAAAAUUAAGCGAGUUUUACUCAUUCUGCGUAAGCAUUGUUUUUGCACGUUACCCGGUAGUUGAACUGAGGCAGUAGAUGCGGGUAAUACGCCCUCUUAAGAAAAAAAAAAUGUUUAAAAGUACAUGUGUUUAUCACGUGUUAAAAUACUAUUAUUUUAUAUAAUACACCCAAAUUCUCGAAAAUGUAUUAUAGAAUACAGUCACGAGAAACAGUAUUAUUAAGACGGCCUAUAGAAAGAAAACCAAUAUUUCAAUACAUCUGUUAAACUCGACACGGAAUGUUAGAUUGAAAUGUGUCGGUUAAAGAAUAUUCGUAUGUUUGUAGUUAUUUGUAAAAAUAAUAAUAAUUUAGGGUUCGUUUCACACAUUUAUGCUUAUGGAUCAGUCGUUUGUCGCAAAUAAUGUACAUUAUAUUAUAUUUAAGUCUAUUGUAUCACAUGAAUUGUGUAAGUAUAGAUAUUUUCAAUUUUGAAAAAAAAAUCAGUUAAUGAAAAAAAAAAAAGCUAAUAUUUUAUAGAUAAAUUUAGUUUUCCACUUUUAACAAAUUUUACACUAUCCUAAAUAAAAUUCAAUUUUAAAAAAAAAAAAUAAUUAUAUCCUUAUAUAUUUUGUACUGUUUAUUGAUUUAUUUGAAUAACUUUUUAUUUAGACUACCUACCAUAACCCGUGAUGUGUGAUAAAUGUAAUAACAAUUAUCCCGUAUAUUUUUUUCUAAUUUAAAUACCUAUAAUAGUGUAUGUUAUCGAAAUAUGACUGCAGAGAAUGUAUUAUUAUGUAUUCGGUAGCCAAUUUAUUUAUAAAUUCCCUGGUACUGGUUAGAGCGAUUUGUGCAAAAGGAAGGUUGCGCAAUUACCUUUUGGUUUACCUCGGCCGCUAGCAUACUAUUAUACCGGAUACUUCAUCCGGGUAAUGCGAAUCAAAUCCACAUCACGAAAUAAUCGUUUUUGCGAAGUAAACAUUUAUUACAUUUCAAUUAUAUUAUGAUAACUGAUUAUAUAUAUAUUUUUUUUCCGAUAUAAUAUAAUAGAUAUCAAUUUUAUCCAUUUCAAGAAAUGUUAACACAUUUUCUUGAACAAAUGCAUUUCCAUUAACUCAAUUCACAAAAAGUUCGAUAGAAUUCUUCUGUGAAUUACAUUUUUUUUUUUCUAGAAUUUCAUCGGGUUCACUUAUGUUUAACUAUAGUUUUAUUUGUUCUAUUAAAUGGAAAAGUAAUCAUUUCUGCAUUAAUCGUGUAUUCGCAUGCAUAGUACUUGUACUAUAAUAAUAUUCGUCGUACCAUGUAAAUUGGGUACAUUUAUGUUACCUAUUUACAGUAAAUUAAAUUAUGAUUUUUUCAAUAUGAUGUUUAUUUCAAUUUUUAAUCGAAUGUAGAUAAAUCAUUAAGAUGUAAACUACUAUACACGUUCGUUAAAUAGGUGCCCAUUUAUCAAUUUUAAUUUGUAGAUAACUUAUAAUAUUUUAAUAUGUGUUUUAUCAUUAUAGGACAUAGGUAUAUUUUGAUUGGAUGACGAAAACAACAUUACACGAUAAGAAUCUUGUUAUACCUAAAAUUCGUAAAAUCAAUAAAAUUCGUUUCCCUCGCUGUGUGAUCGAAGUUCACGAAAUAGUUAUUUUUACGAUGGAUGAUUUGAAUAAAUGAUAGAAAAUUAUUUAUUUAUUUAAAUAUUUAAAAAUUGUGAUAAUUGUAUUGUUAUUUGUAGUCUAAAACGUAUAUUGUAAAUCCAAAUAAUAAAUAAACAAAACACGAUUGAUACGCUGAGUUAAAUUUUCCAACGGAAAUCAAGAAAUAAAUUAUUUCUUAAACUGAUACGAGUAUGUUAAUAUAUAUUAUAUAAUUGGAAGAAAUUUAGUUAAAAUGUAUUUAUGAUAAAAUUAUUAAUAGUGCAAUAAUAAUAUAUUUUGUUAAUGUCAGUUACACAUAUUACAAUAUUUUAUAUGACGUCAUGAGCUCAAAAUUCGUGCGCUGGAUAACCUAAUAUGAGUUGAUAAUAUUUAUGAUAGAAUUACUAAAUGUGAACAAUGCACAAUGAAUUAGCAAGUAGCAGUUUUAACUUAGGGUUGGGGCUGUUUUUAACACAACAUUGUUGAGCAGAAAAAUACAAAAUUUGCUUAGUCAUAAUAUAUGUAUACGCUUUAUUUUGGCUAAGAAAAUUAAUUUAAAACAAAACUAUGAAAUGUAAUCCUAUUGAAUACUAUGUAGGUACACAUUUUUGAAGGACGUAAAGCUCUCCUCCCCAUUAUUCAAUGUUUGCGCCCCAUAAACGUAUCGUAGUGAUUUCGAGUUUUGAAUAACUUAAAUAUAACGAAUUAUAAUAUGUUUAUUACUUUUCAAAUAUUCAAUUCUAUUUAGGACUCAUCGCGUUAUUUUAUCACAAAAAAAUAAAAAUUCCCUAUGAGGAGGCUACGACACAGAUAGAGUAUAGACGUCAGACAUGUACCUUACUUGGUCGUAUAAUAUCCGUAACUUCUGUACUAUAGUAUAUCCCAAUAAGCGUGUUUUUUUAUAAUAAUGAAUAAUAUUUGUAUACAUCAUAAUAUGUUGUAAUUGACGAAUUAUUGGUUUUAACGAAUAAUGAUUUAUAGACAUUUGAAAUGGUUAAAUAAUUUAAAUUUGAAAAUGUAUGUUUACCUAUUAAAACUUCAAUUGCAAUUGUUAUAAGAAUUUAUUAUCCAUCCCGAUAAAUAUUUUUUUAUUUAGGCGAGAAAUAUACAAUUUAAAUCGCAUUAUUAAAUAGUAUUCUAUAGUUACCUACCUUCAUUCUAUACAUUUUUUUCACAUAAUUGGCGUCAAGGUUGAUAUUAUUUUAUAAUGUAAGUAUAUUAGGUGUUAUUUAUUGUUUUAUACAAGUGGGUCCCCGUCAGGGUCGGUUAUUAGGUAACCGUUCGACUGUAGGGGGAGGUAAAGAACUAUUUGUCGAUUAAUAAUCUCAGGGAGUUUUAAUUUAAAAAUUCCGUCUAUACUAAAUUUUAUUUUAGUUUAUGUGCAUAUAUAAUAUACUACGUGUGUUUUUAUUCUGUAUGUAGUGAUUUUACUAGGGGAGGGUUUUGGGCGUUGUACCCCCCCCCCCCUCAUUGCAUAUUUUGUUACCUAUAAGUUAGGUUAAAAAGGUUAUAGACCCCUAAACCGUAGAAACCUCCCCACCCUCAUUGAUAAAUGCUGGCUACGCCACUGUCUGUCUGUAUAUAAACAACAUGUUUUGACCAGACAUUUUACAUCAAUUAUACAGCGGCGGUUUCUAAUAGUUUGCGAAUUUUAUCCUGCAGUGUCCGUUUUUCGUUCGCAAUUAUUUGUCGUUCCAUACUGCACUGUAAUAAAUCUAAUUACCCUAUAUAAUAUAUUCUACAUUUCCCAUUUCCCACCCACAACAGCGGCCUACUCAUAAACAAUAUUCGCUCUUGUUUUAUUUUGUAUGCGUUCGGUCUAUCGCUUCGCUCAACUUCGUCAAAACCCGUACCUGAAUAUAAACUGGUGUCUCGUGUAUUUACCAAAAACGACCCCUUUUCAUUGUCUACAACACUGUUUGCAGAGACUUUAACAACUAUAUGAUAUAAUGGUAUUAUAUCCGUUUACAAAAUAGCUUUUUUUUUUUUUUUACCAACUGUACUCAUCGAGUAUAAGAUUAAUAUUGUAUUACAUAUUAUUAAUCUAUAGGUAUAAAAUAUCACAUAAAACUGAAAUGGACGUGAAAAAAAAAAACAACAAACAUGACCGAUGACGCUGAUACCACUUCUACGGCGCAGUAAUAUCACACUAUUUUCGUCCGGUUGUCAUCAAUCCGGACGCGAUAUUUUAUCUAUAAUAAUACUGUAUUAUUAAACUUGUAGUUUUAUUUUUUUUUUUUCCCUUCCCGAGUCGUAUCACCAACGAAAACCGCACCACCGGUGUCGGCGGCGGCGCAACGGGAACAGUUUCACCGGCGGCCGGCAGGCCGCGCGCGUUACUGCCCGAAAAUAACCCACGCCGCCCGCCCGUUGGCGGACCCGCGCGUAGUAGUGCGCUUGUGCCCGUAGUAGUGUGUGUUGUUUCGUACACGGAUGACCGUCGCGAGUGUUUUUUGCCAGUCUCUUAUCCUAGAGUACGUUUUGAUAAUAACUAUUAUUAUUAUUAUUAUUUUACCCGGACGAACGGCACGCACCAGCCUUCCUUCAGACGGUAUUAUAUAUUAGGCACCUACCAACGGAAUAUCGCCGUCCUCGCACGUCUUGUUGUUCGUCGUCGAUGCCCCGGGAACCAUUGUGCGUAAGUGUCGCUCAUCAUCACGUGCCUAUCUCCUCCCCUUUCAUUGUCGUCGAAUCUCGCGUCGACGGCCAACCGAGAAGCGGUGGUACCGUUUUCAUUCUUCUUUGCGUCGAUCGUGGUCGUGGUCCGCGGUACCUAUACCUGUGUAGUAAUAAUAUACAACACAAAAAUACAUCGUCGCAAAUUCCCCGGUGUAAUACCUCGCCGAUUUUACACCACAACGAUAUUGUUGUUGUUCCGUACAGCCCCGUCGAAAUUUCUUCUCGACCGCGUGUCGUUCCCGCCGGCGGCUAUUAUCCUUUUUUGUUUUUUCUGCUUCUUAUCCGUAUAAGAAAUAACACUCUACAAUACACUAUAUAAUACGCUAUAUUAUACAUACGUACCUACUACACGCUGUUAUUGUACCCGUGAACCUAAUCAUCUAUAUUAUUAUACACGCAAUACAGUGUCGUACGGCGUUCGAAAAUCUAAUAAAUCUUUAAUCGACCGCCGGUACGUUUUCAAGUGUACCCUACCUAUAUAACACGUGUGUAUAUUACAUGUGAUAUACGAGUACCUACGUGUUUUUCGAGUGGUUUACACGGCGGUGCAACGGUUCACGAGCGAAAAUCCAAUUAUUAAAAAGCCGAUCGUUUCGGAAUCGGGGCGCUGCAACGUUGUUAUUACAAUAUCGUAAAUCGACAAUGUUUGUGUUUUUCUCAAUUUGUCUAAUACAGCUAAUUAAUAACCUGUUAAAAUGCACUUUGAACAUUCUGCGAUGAAUUCACAUUCAUUGAUUGGUAGAACAAUGUCGUGAAGAUUCGAAAACAAUCAAUGUUUAUACUCAUCGUCAACGCGUUAAUUUAUGUUUUUCAUUAAACUAUCAUUUGUUUUUCCCCUCUCAUGAGUUAUUACCAAUUAUUGUUUUAUAUUCAUCAAUAAAUACUUCCGAUUCUGAACUAAUCACUGACGCUAUUAAUUAUUAUAACCGAGAUUUUUUUUUUCUCUUUUGGUCAAUACUUUUUGAAAUGGUUAACUCGUGUUGUACGUUCAUAGAUCGCAAAUAUCAAAUAUGGAUGGUAUUUUAAUGCUUCAUUUUCAGAUUUGGAGCGUAGUGAGGAAUGUUUUGGUUCAACAAUGAUGUUUAUUAUAAUUUUUUUUUAUCUGUGAACAACUUUUCUACUAGAAAUAUUGCUCUGAUUUUCAACUGUAGCGCCUCUUCUGAAAAUAAAUUUUUUCUUCUUUGUACUUUAGGAGGUCGUUUUUUUGAUUUUUCGAGCGGUUUUCAUAAUAUUUAGGAAAAUUUACGUACAUGUAUAAAAGAAACAAUUAUCCGAAUCGUUUUUUGUAAGCCGUGGUUUAUCGUUGCGCAUACAAAUUAAAUUCCCCUCUAUAUGCUAAUUUUACCAACUUCUCACCCACAACAGUGGCCCACCCACCUUGCGAAGUACGUCCGUCUUCUUUUCCUUCAAUUUUUCAAAAUUAGUGACAUAUUGGCGAUAAUAAUGAUGGUAUGCCACUACUGCGUUCCUAUCCCGUGUACAUAAAUAAACGAAUCGGUCGGUACAAGUGCCCAACUAUUGAUGUACCUACAACAAAAUUAAAACUUUCAUAAAAAAAAAAUGUCAUAUAUAUUAUAUUUAUAUAUGUGUUAAUUCGCAUUUUUAUCGAUUUUAUAGGUUUCUUUUAAUAUAUAUAUAUAUAUAUAUAUCUUUAAACAAAAGGGAACAGAUUUUACCAAUCACUUCUUAGUCUUUUUUUUUUUUGGGCUUCACUGCAAAUUAAAAUAAAAUCAACUAUAAUACUAUCAAUAACGUUUUUAUAUCUUAUUUUGUAUCCUGCAUGAUACUAUUACAGGUUUACGUUUGAUUAUCUACUCUUGUAAUAAUGUUCUAAUGUAAUAAGGUAUUGUACAUUUUUAACCAAUUUAUUCAAAUAUUUUUCGGAAAUUAAAAUAAUAUCCCGCUUACACAGUAUACGUAUUGUUUUGGGAUUUAGGAAAUAGUGUUAUUAUAUCCAUUAUAACCUACUAAUAAUAAAUAAAUAAAAUAAAAUAAAAUUAAUAAAUUAAUUGUUUAAUUUUUAUUUUUUUAAUUAAUUCGUUAUAAAAGAUCGAAACGUAAUGGUUUAUUUUAGAUGUAUAACUAAAUAUGUUAAAACUGUUGUAACUAUUGUAAAAUAUUGUUUAAGGUUAACUGAACCCACAUUCGUUUGUUAUAAACUUUUCGCUAAUAUUUCUCAAUGCACUCGUGUAUAUACCUACUGUGAAAGGUGCGGAACCGGUUUUCGCGUGAUAUUAUUUCCAUAGCGCGCACGAAACUGAGCGGCUAAAAAAAAAAAAAAUCCUAAACAUUAUAACCAGAAAUCUCGGUAGGUUUACAUGUUUGCAAGUUGAUCGUUGUUUUACUACAGCUGCUAGUGAUUUUUAUUUGUGAUUAAUGAUCAAAAGCUUUUAAAAAUGUCUUUUUUAAAAUUAUUAUUCCCUCAUAAAUAUAUUCGUGUUAUCAUUCCAGUCACGUGCGUGUGCAGUGUACACGUGCAGGAGAUAACUAAAAAAAAAAAUAUAUACCUAUGUAUAUUUAUUUACUAUUAAACCCUAUAUCUAUCUACGUAUAUGUUAAACGUCCAGCGUUCUUCCUGUUCGCCUUUAUCCCUUUAAAAGGAAAACAAAAAAUACGUUUAAGUAUUGUAAAUAGACCCACCAUGGAAAAUAUAAACUUUGUACGUGCGCGCCAUACGUGUUAUAUAUAUACGUGUUAUAUUUGAACCUAUCACGAUUCUCCGUCUAAUUAUAACGAUUUUAUACAGUAUAGUCUCAUUCCUCGCCAUUUGACAUUAAAUUGGCUUAAGGGUCUUCGUAACUGACACAAUCAAUACUUACUUAGCUGAGUUUUUAAUUUUAUUAGAUGUCCAACAUUCGUAUAAUAUACUUUCAGUCGUUUCAGUGAAUACAAAUUUUAUUAUUUUAUCUAAAAUUAUCUUUUGUAUCCAUUAUUUAGAGUUAUCUAUUAUCUGUCUACCUAUCUGUAUUAAUUUGUGAUGCAAUAAAACAACAUCUGGUAAAACAGUUCCGAUGUCUUAGAAUUAACGUACGAAACAUUGUAUUUGAAUGAAUGAAUAAACACAAAAAACACCUAUUUUAACCGUGUUUGCGGUAUUCAAAAUGUCGUUAGUAGUUUAAAAAAAAAAAAAUAAAAAAUUAGAAAGUCAUACUCGUGAUAAUAGUAAUUCAGAAAGAGAAGGACGCUGGACUAGGACAUUUGAUACCUACGCACGUGUUACCUAUAUUAUGUUCCUCGAGGAUUCAUUCCCCUGAAACCGCAGAGGCCUCUUUGGUUAAUUGCGUGCGAAAAGUAACAACUCGCCGUCAUAUACUAUGGAUUUUACAAGCCAUAAACUUUACAAAUUAUGUGAUCCAUUGAAAAAAAAAAAAAAAAAAAAAUUGAAUUUAUGUGUCGCUGUUCAUUAAUAUUAAUUUUGGGCACAGCGGAAAUAGGUUCUGCAAAUGGCAAAGUGUUGUAGAUAUAGGUACCUACAUUGUAUGUAGGUCAUCGGAAAAUGUCAACAACACGGUUUACUGUUGAAAAAUAAUUGACAUUACGACAUUUUACUUUCCUACCUCUAUAUAUUCGAUAAGUAAACAAUAACAUCAUAAAACGUUUUUUGUCAACUGAACCAAAGUUCAGCGUACCAAGUUGGGUACAGCUUAUAAUAUAAUAUACCUAAUGUAAUACAUACGUUCCAUGUAGGUGGUUUUAUGAUUUUCUAUUAACAUGAUGGAUUUUGUUAUUAUUAUUUUUUUCGCAGUUUAUAUAUAUAUAUACCUAAAUAUAAACAGCGAUAUUUUACAACUCGUCGCGAUGAAUUAUGUCACGUCUAUUGAACCUCGACAUGAACCUCGAUUACCUUUUUUUUUUCAUUAUAAUGUCAAACUAAUAUUAUAUGAGAGUUGCCUACAAGUUUUGUAGUCCCUUUUUGUUUUCUAAUAUCUUCAGCCGUGUUUGCGCGCACUAAAACUACGUAAUAUAUGUAUAAAUAACCCGCUGAAAGGUGUGGAAAAACAGUGAUUUGAACAUAUUCGUGUUUUUGUGUUACCCCCUUAAACUUUAUUUUACAGUUUCCGACCGUAUCCCCAUAGCCAAAGCUAUAAUAUUAUAAUCUCGACAUGUUAUGCAGGCCGUGACAAAGAAUGCACAUAUUCUGUGUAGUUUAAAAUUUUGAAUAUAUUUUUUUUUAAAUCUUAUAAUAGUAGUAAAAAGUGCAUUAUUAAUAAUUCCUUCGUAUAGUUCGUAUAGUACCUGUGGUUUAUUGUAGAGCACAUAAUGAGCUCGACGUGCGCUCUUUGUUUUCGAAGAAUGAGCCGUGCUUCUUUUGUCCACGAUCUAUAUAAUUUUUGUUUUUGGUAAUCCAUGCGCACCGUAUUAUUAUUACUACGCGUAUAUAGUGUUUGACCGAUAGAACAUAAUAUUAUUAUAUGUUAGACGUUAAAAACGACCCGACGACGACGACCAAAAUAGAGAAAGACAGUGCUGAUUUGGACUCGAUCCACAGGACAUAAUAAUACACAUAUAAUAUAUAUAAUACAUAUAUAUCUCUCUCUGAACCUUUGUUUCUGCCAGAGCAGAUUCUAUGUGUAUUUUUUUUAUCGGUCGUCCCUUUUACAGUAGUCAUAUUUCACCGGCCAUGAACUCGUGUUUCCCUCCGCUGGCCGCCUUGACGCUGAAAGACAAGCGACGAAAUUCCGCUUAUUUGGAGACCGUCGGAAAUCAAAACACCGGAAAACCGAACGUUAUUCAAGACAUGGAAAUGUUUUAUAUAAAACAAAUUGCUCAUAAUCUUAAGGUAAGAAUCAUAGUAACCUAAAAAAACGGAAAAAUUGUUUGGCAAUAUGAUUAUGUCAUGAUAUCGGCUAAGUUUUCUGUUAAAUCAUAUCGUUGAAGAAUACGAAUUUAACAUCAUUCGGAUAAAAAUUACAUUUUACCCACUCUAUUUGUUUAAGAUAAUACGUAUAUUAUAGAUAUUUUAAUCAAUAGUAUCAUUAUAUUAUAGGUACCGAUUAAAUUAUAUAACACAAUAUUAUGUCUUCUUUAUUUUAAAACACAAUAUCUAUAUGAUGUCAUUCAAAAACAAAACAAUGGCUAUUGAAUAACGAUUAUUGAGCUAACGUUAUAUUUAAAACAUGUUAAAAUACCGUGCUAAAAAAAAAUAACUAAAAAAUAAAUGUUAAUACAAAUAUUUUAUCGCGUAUACGCUUUUUACGUAUUGUAGGAGUAUUCCACUCAUACAUUAAUCUGUGGUAAGGGCUCCAUGAGUGAUUGUGAUACUUUCUUUCAUUCUUUUAGAUUCCGAGCAAAACGAGUAAUGUGUUGGUUUUACUAUAAUGCAUACUUAUUUUAUAAACGGAGCGCAGCGAAUGUUCAACUUUGUCACUAUACGUUUUACUCCAUUCAAAAAAAUUACGAGACAUUUUUUGUUGCAUUCUAAAUGUAAUUUGUGCAUUGAAUGGGUCAUUUUUUGAUUUUGCAAUGCAAUUUACUUAUAAUAGUUUUGUAGGAAAAAUCAGAUAAGGAAAACUUAAAAAUGUAUGGCGUUAACGGUUUCAUUAUUCAAAAGUACCUAUAACAUAUUAAGAAAAUGUGCAAUAAAGUCGUUUAUUGAUUUAUUCUAUAAUUUUCUUUAUAAUUUGUGAAAACGUAAGAAUUGCUGUAAACAUUUUUACAGCAUCAUCGAUUUCUUUAUAUUCGGUUCUUUUUUUUUUUGUACUUUUGUUAAAAAAUAAUCGGUAAAACACUUAGCCCUAUAUAUAUAAUAUAGUUAAAUUUGCAAAAAAUUCUGGAGAUUUUUGAAAUAUUUAUAGGCAUUUGAGUUUCAUGUGGAUUAAAUUGUUUGACCGAAUAGAAAUGCUUAACAAAUUAACUCGAGGUUCUAUAAGUUAUAAGUUGUGUUCAGUAAUAAAAAAAAAACAAAGGAGCGUAAUGUACGAGUAAUAGUAAUUUUUGUUUAUAAACGUGUUGAAAGUUUAAAUUUCAACGAAAAUCUUCAAAAAUUAUGACAUUUUAAAAUAUGUAUAAUCGAACUUCGCUUAGAAUAUAGUUUUUUGUUUAUGAUGGUUUACGUACAGAUAUAACUUUAUGUAUCAUAACUUUUUUUUGUUAUUUAAUAUAUAUUUUGCUGAAAGCUUCUCAUUCUAAAAUUUAUGUAUGUUAUCAUUUACUAUUAUACUCUUAUUCAAUUUCGAUUUUAACGAAAUAAUAGCCGGAAAAUAUUUUUUAUUAUUGUUUUUUUUCGUUUUAUAAACAUUGUAUUUACACAUUACAUUUUGUAAUUUAUUGUGUUUAUUUGUAUUAUUAUUUAAGUACCUAAUAUAAUCAUGUAUUCAUCUACGCGUAUGCAUUUAUUAACUUACUGGAUCAUUAUUAUAAUUUUAUUAAAUGUCGAUGUUAUCAUGAUAUUCAAAAAUUAAAUGAUUUUAAAUCGUAUGGUAAAAAUAUAGGCCAAUAUAGGGGAUACAUCAUUUUCUACCCCUUUGAAAACUGGGGUUUAAACAGAAAAUCUGAUAAUUAUAAUUAUAUUUUCAUGGAAAAUACGAACGCAAUUUAAUUAAGUUGAACGGUCUAUGGAAAGUGGAUUGAAAAUCGAUCACAAGUUUUAAACUAUUUUUUUUUUCUUCGCGAGUUUAAUAUAUAAAUCAAGGUAGAGGCAAUAUAAAGGUGAAAAUCGAAUCUUGAUAGAUGCGUAUGACACUUCAUCUGGCUAUAAUAUAGGUAAUUAUAAAGAGGCGUGUCUGAUAAAAUUGCUUUUAAAUUAUAUACAAUUUAUACCCAGGACUGAGUAUAUACCCAUACUAUUAGAUAAGUAUAAUAACUUACGAAAUGCAAUAUUUAAAUUAUAUUGACUUCUGAGAAACAUUUAUUAUGAGUGUUAGGUAUGACCCAUCUAUACUUGUAAUUUUUUCGUCUAUAACGAGUGUAGGUAACAACAUUUAUUCAAAAACGUCAAAGAGGUAUAAAUAAUUUUUGAAAAUUAUAUGUUAUUUUUUAGUAUAAUAUUAUUAUGGUUUAUUACUUGCAGGUUAGGUUUUUUAGAUUAUACAUACGUAGCUAAUUCUUGUAGUUGGUAAUUUCAAGUUUUUUUGAAGUUUAUACAAUGAUUUAAAUUGUAUAUAAGUAGGUACGGGUUGGACGGGUUUAUUUUUCUUAGGUAUUAUUAUGUUAAAUGUUUUAUUGUUGUUUUAUCAAAUUAAUAUUAUUUUGUUUUUAUUUAUAACCAUAUUUAUCAUAGAAUAAAAAUAACAGAGUACAAUAUAAUAUUCUGUAUAACAACCGUGAUUUUUCAUAUUUUACAGUAUUUUAUUUAGGCUCUCAAUUUUGGAAAGCUAUAAGUAAAUAUACUUUGGCCGUACCGUCUGUAGCCUUAUAACCACGCACACACAACGUCUAUAAUAUUGGGGGGCUUGGCAUGAUUUGAAGUGGACUUGGCCGUCUAAAUUAUGUUAAUGCGUCCGUCACUAGAAAAAAAAAACCAUGUCGUAAAUACGCCACUGGUAAUAUUUUAAAUUACCUACCGGUAGUUAUUACUAUUGUAAUUACACUAAUUAGUAAACAAAAAUAUUCAUAAAUAUUAAAAGAUUUUAGACUCCAACAUAUACUUCCCUCUGUUUCUCCCGACGGUAUUUCUCCAAUCCUGCACUGCUAAAUGUCCAUAAUCUUUUUAAAACACAUUCAGCACAUUUUCCUGGGCCUUGAUCGGAGUCUUUUUCCUCUCGUGGGUUUCCAGUUCAACGCCGCGUUAAUGGUGUUAAUGAAAUAUCAACCUACAAAUUAUUUUUUAACGACUUAUAUAUAGAUCAUAUUUUGGCUGAAUAUGUAUAUAUAUAUAUUUAGCCGUGGAUAAUAUAAUCACGGAAACGAUUGAUGCUCAUAGUGUUUUUGUUCAAUUUUUUGUUUUAACGUGGUAUUAUAUCUAGGUAUCUAAUAACAUAGAAAGAACCGUAUUUAUAUACGUUAUAAUAUGAAUAUUAUUGUAUACGCCAUUAUAAUUUUAUAACAUAAUAUUUAUUCUAUAAAUAAAUUACGGUUGUCUGCAUGAUAAAUCGGAUAGUUUAGUUAUGCAUAUUUAUAUCGUAAAAUAACGCGGUGAUUUUUUUUUUUUUUUUAUCAAUAAUUUGAAAAAAUUGCAUCUUUAUCGUAUUGUUCGUAGAAAAAAAAAAAGGUCAAACCGUCAUUUGUCGAAAAAUAUUAUAAUAAUAUUCUUACCUCGGUCGUGGCGUUAUACGUUAUUUCUAUAACAAUAAUAUUAUAUUAUUAAUACACUUAUAUACAAUUUUUAUAAUAAUUAUGUACGGUUUUUUUGUCGGCCCAUCCGACACCGUCCGGAGCUCGUCUCGUCGUUAACUGUCGGCGAUGUGAUUUUUCGGUUUUUUUUUUUUUCGGCCGAUGCGCCGCGUCGUCGUCCAGCAAAAUUCGCUAUGCGUGUCAACGUAAAUAAUAUCGACGGUUCGCGUUUAAUACAAAAAUAAUAUAAAACCGUUAUGAUUCGACAAACCGCCAUUAUUGUUAUUAUUACGCUUUAUCAUUAUUAUUAGGUAGUAUUAUUAUUAUUGUUGUUGUUGUUACAUGCGAUCACACGAGAGCUGGCUGCUGCUGCUGUCCGCCGCCGCGCGUCGGUACCAUCCGUCAAAUCAUCACCUGCAGCGAGCGGCACAAUAGGAGGAAUAGGUUUUCGCUGGACAAUGCGCCGCCGCCGGUUUCCUGGCGACGUGCGCGCCCGAUAAACUCUCGUGACUGGAAUCUCCUCCGGCCGGGCCGUGUCCGCUCGCCGAAUACACAAACACAAUAAUUAGAUACCUUUAGUUAUUGUUAUUAUUAUGUCAGAAAGUUUUUUCGGCCCCGUGAAUUUAAUAAAAAUAAGGCGCAAACGUGAUGUUGUGUGCGUAAUACCGUAUACGGCGCGUGCCGAAGUGGCACGUACCUAGGCUUUCCUUACCGGGGGAGAGGGGGAGAGAGAUGAAAUGUAUUUUCACCCGCUCUUGAAAUAGAAAAUUCCUUUAAAAAAAAAAAUAACGUCAAAGAUACAAACAUUUUAUUGACAGACUCGGACUAUCCCGGGCUCUUUUAUGUAUAUUUUGUAAAAUGAGAAAUGUUUAUUUGAUUAGAUUUAGGUAAUAUAUGUGUUAUAAAAAUGUAUAAUAUUUCAAAGUCUGAGUGUCUAACCUAUGGUAUUCUUUGAAAAGAGAAUCUUUCAAUAAUAAUGUUGUCCGCUGGUAGGCUUAUUUCCUGGCACGUUUAUUUUGUAACUAGAAAUCAAUUAUAAGAGACGCCGAAACGAAAUGAUAACGCCAGAAACCUUGACUCGGUUCGACCAUAGAUAACAAAAUUAUUUUAAUAUUUAUGGAUUUGACUAUGUUAUCAUACUAUGAACUACUCUGUGAAAAAAAAAAUGGCAAAAUAAUUGUAAAAACACUAAAAACAAAUAACAAUAUAACACAUAUAAUUUAUACGGCCCAUAGGUAUGCCACUGGCAAGCCGCAGAGAGUAGUGGGUCUCGGAACCGUAUAGACAUAUUUAAUAUUAAUAUUUGAACAGCGUGUCUUGUAUACCGUGCCUUUGGUUGCUUAGUAUACCGUAAUAAUUUGUUAUAACGAUAUAUCUAACACCUAAUGGGACACAUAGGCAAGGCUACGAGAUGUGCAGGGUGCGCCGCAGUUGCGCACCCCGCGAAUCGUGUCAAAAUUCUUAAUUCGGAAGUAUAAUGCAAUUAAAAAAAAACCCAUGUAUAUUAACCGGCUUCAAAAAUGAUCGAAACAUGAUACCUUGCCCUAGUUAAGCCGUUACAAAAAAGUCACUUUUUCUGAGAAAAAUCCGAAUGUAAUCGCUUUUUUUCACUUUUUUUUACGCUAUUGCUUAUUAAUUAUUCUAGGGUUACCUCAAUUUGGGCCACCAUUGUGGAAUAAAUUGAUCCAAAUUUUGAAAAUAUGCUUUGAAAUUAAAAUGUUUCAAUAUUUCUUUUUGAAUUUUAAAAUGUGAAUGAUAUUGGGGAAAAAAAAAAUUAAAAUAGUCGAUUUCAAGUAAAGAUUCGUGAUAUAUAUUUAGUCAUGAUAUCCACGUUUACGAGAGGCUUAUUAUAACGGGGAGGAGGGUUGUUUGUACGGGGUUAUGUACUUAGAAUUUUUUUGUAGGGGAUUCAAUUAAAUAUGGUGACAAUAUUAUACAGCAAAAGGUAAUUUUAUAAAGCAAAUUCAAAUUGUCUCGGUUUUUUUUUUUUUUUUCUGACAAUUGGUUUCAUUAACUUUAUUACUUUACAGUAAGGUUGCAGGAGCAUUUAUCUGAUGUGAUUUUUUUUGGCUCUGGGAUAGGUACAGUACCUUUGGACCCUCAUAUUGCAGUACACGUAAUUUGUCUAUCAUAUCCAUCUAGGUGGUCUACCUAUUCUUAACUUUCCCAACCUAGGUAUUUCUGAGGUUACUUUAAUAUGUCUAUAAAAAACGAAAUUAUACUCUGUGUCAUUUAAUCCAUUAAUCACCACACUGAUUUAAUAAAAUAAAUUUAUGUCAAUAGUCGAUAAUGGAUAUCAAGGGUUCGAUAAUACGAAUUUGUCCUAUGAUAGGAUCUAAAUUGUAAAAUGUUAUCUUUUUUUAAAAAAUAUUGGUCCGCAGGCUUCUCACUAUGUGAGGUAAUGCAGAAUACGAAUAACCCGUUAUUAUGAGUAUAAUAAUUAUAUAAUAGAGACACCCACAUCUUAUAGGUUAGAUUUUAUAGGUAUUAUUGGAACCGUUAAUAAUUAAUUGAUAGUUUUAUUUUUUUAUUUUUUUAGAAGUGUUACCGUUAACUAAUUAUUUUAUUUACUGUAUAUAGUAUAAAUAUGUAGACAUGGUUCUUUUUUUUUUUCCUCCAAUCUGUUUUUUUAGUUUUGUCGUGAUUUGGAUGUAUUUUUAAUUAAUUUUUUUUUUCAUAACUGGCUGAUUUGACGGCUGUUAGUAAUUAUAUCAACUUACAUAAUAAUAUUUGUUUGACUUGUGUUUAUUUUUUAUAUAUCUAUACCAAGGUAGAUUUAUAAAUCCACCUUUGUUUUAUACGUACAUUGGACACAUUAAUAUCUGGUUGAAUAAAUUUGGUUUUUAAACGCAUCGGAUCAUCACUUAUACAUAUCUAAUCAUCGAUGGAUAGUAUAAUCAAAAAAAAAAAAAAAAAAAAAACUAUAGUAUUAAUGUAAUAUUAUGUAAAAUUUAAAAAACACGCGGUCAUUUAUAUUAUGUUUGAAUAAUAUUAAAAACCGGAAAUUAUAUGGCGGCGGUUUCGUCGUAAUAACCGGUAUUAAAUUUGUGGUUAACAUUAUAAUAGAUAAUAGUGUGCAUAAUAUGUUUUGUGAGAUUGGUUUUUUUUUUUAAAAAAAAAAACCAGGAAAGCAAUAAUUGAAAAUUGAUUUUUUAUAAAAAAAAUCUUAUCGGAAAUUAUACACUCACCUAGUAUAGAUUUUAUGCAGUUACGUUUUUGUGAAAUUUUACUUUUACUUGACUGUACAUACUUAUUUUAAGCAGAUAUAUAAUAUUACUAGUAAGUAAUAAUAACAAUCAACCAUACCACGUAUGAUGAUAAUAUAACUGCACAUUUAGAAAAAGAAAAAAAACGAGGACAAUCAUUCCAUUGUUGUUGGCAAGUUUCGUUCGCUUAGGCUCAGGAUAUAGAGUAUCAUUCAUUAAUUCAAAUUCGAACGUGACAAUUAUUGCAUUCGGGAAACGAUUCCGAGCGUAGUCGCAGAGAAUAUAAAAAUUUAAACGGUGAUUUACGAUUCUUUUCACGGACUUGAUAAGACGGUUUACAAACCGCCGCGCUGUAUAGGUUUAUAGACAAUUUGAAUUUUCAUUUUGGUUUAAAAAUCCAUCAUAUACAAUAUUAUAUGUAUAUAGGUGGCACAAUAUUAUCUUUAACGAAAAUCGGUAUAUUUCUACGGCGUAAACAUUUAUUAUUCCAACAAAAACACAAAUACAUAAUACGCAAAACAUUGAAAAACUAUAAAUUGUAUAGCCGCUAUUUCGGCCUAGAAUCUAAAUAGGAUAUUAUUGUUGCUUGCUUUUGCUAAUCGUUCUAGUCGGUUUUUUUUUUAACGUACCUACGUGUAUAACGUGUUCCAAGACAAUCUGUAUUAUUAAAACAUUUUCGUUUUGCAAUAUUUUACAACAAACUUUUUAUAUUACAUAAUUUUCCGAGUUAACACGCUAUUGUAUGUACUAGGUAUUUAUCCUACUUUUUUUUUUACCUAAAAUUAACCUUUAUAACUUUAACAAUAAAAGUUAUUACACUUAUACGAGUAAACCAUAAGUUUAUAACAGAUCUUUAUGGUUGUAUAUACUUUCCCUGAUAUUAUUUUUAUAAAAAUAGCUACGUAGAGUCUUACCGAUGUCAUAUUCGUUUUAAAAAUCGAUUACCUAUACUUGAAAAUCAUAAUUUGUUUCAACACGCGUCACGGCGUCUGCAAUAUACUCUGUCUCACUGCGGUGUUGUUUUGUUUUUUUUUUUACCUACCCGGUACUUUCCAUUCGAGUUGUAUAACGUAUAAAACUAUAAGAACGCAUUCGGCUACGUAGACUUUGUGUCCACGUAUUUUUUGCCGAAUCAAAAAAAAAAAAUCAGCCUAUACUUUCGGCAAAGUCGUUUGAGUAAAUAAUUUAUACGAGCGGAGGAAUUAUAUUAAUAUAAAAUCACCGGAGAAACGUCUUCAUUUUUCCGGGUUCGAUAAUGUUUCCCUUUUCGUCCGAACCCCGCGACAUCACGAUUUUAAUGCGUGAUUUGAUCGCAAAACACUUAUAUGCUUGAUUAGUGUAACUCAUGUCAUGCACUUCAUAUCAAAUUGUUAUCAGUAGCACUUUAAUUGUACAACUAAAAACACGCAUAAGAUAUUUUUGAACACUCGUGUUAUUAUAUUGAAAUAUGAGUAUUUACACUCGAAGAUUUGAUUGAAUAAGAGAUACUCGAACGAGAUUUUUCGAAAUUAAAUAACUUUAUAAGUAUAUGCUAUUAAAAUGUAGAAUAUAAUAAUUGUUGAGUUACCUACUUUGCGUCAUCGCAUUUAUGUGUACAUUUUUAUUUGUACAUACAAAUCCAAUCGUGUACUCGAUAAGGAUUUUGGUCGUGACGUCACACGGGGUCACGGGCGACCUUUUCGUAUUUGUUUCGUCGUCGUCCUUCCGUCGCUGGCUAGAGCAACUGAAAAGUCGCGUCGCCGUUGCAUCGCUCCGUGUGCGCGCCUUUACAUAUAAUGGCUGUAAAGACUUAGUAGAAAAGACAAAAUAGUCGCGCGAUAAAAAGUUAGCCCGUGUGCCUAAUAGUCUCAACACGAUAUACCGGGAUUCGAUUUGCGUCCUAUUCCGAUGACGACUAUACAUGGUGAUUUUUUUUAUCGUGAACCAACAAUUAACUCGGAGUUUUUUUAGGUUAAUUUGAUUUCUGUGUUUUCUUAUCAUUAUGGAAUAAUAAAUUGCCUAUAUAUCUAUAGCCCUCCCUACUCCUCCGGUUUAAACUUUCAACUGUUAUAACUCAUAAAUGGCAAAUCUGAUAUUAGUGUUAUGCACAUCAAAAUGUCUUGAAAAAUAUUCUCUAUUCAAAUCUGUGUUCGAAAAGGGCGAGGGUGGUGAAGGGGUUUCUAUUUGAAAAUCAAAAGUAUGUACUUAUAUAAUAAGGUAUAUAAUAGAGUAGGUGAAAAUUAAAAAUGGUUUUAAAAUAAAGCUUAAACGAUCUAUUCCAUAAUGAUUGGAAAAAAACAGAAAUCAAAUUCACUUGAAAUCCUCCGUGAUCGUGAUGAGAAUAAAAAAAAUCGCCCAGUAUAUUCCGAUAAAUGAUAAUACGAUGAUAACGCGAACGGACGUACAAUAUCGCGCCGACGGAACCGGGAAACGCCACGGUCAAUUGCGCGGGACCGUUUCCAAAACGUUCUCCGUUUGUACGCCGGCGGCGGCGUCGCAUUAUUAUUAUUAUUUAUUAUUAAACACUCGCUCAUUCGCACACUUAUUAAUCAAAUACGAUACGUACAGUGAGUCACGUGUGGCGUGUUGCCCAGUCAUGAUCGCGGCGGCGGCGGCGGUAGUCAUCGGUGAAAUUAAAAGAGAAGACACUGUUGUGAAUAUUAUGUACGCGUGUACACAUACGAUACCAUCAUCAUAAUAUUAUUAUCGUCUCCGCGCCGGACGAUCAAAUGUAAUAAUAUACGUAUAAUAUAGGCACCGAGAACAAAUACGUAUUACUGUUGUUGCAGUACCUACGCGUGUAUGCUCAGCGGCGGUCAAACGAUUCUGACGCGAUGUAGGGGGUGGGGGAAGGGGAUCAUUUUUUUUAACGACUAUAACAUUGUUAUUUACGCAAUGUUUAUUAUUUUAUUUUUCAUGAAAACGUCGAAGGGAAAUGAGGUCACGGGGGUGCGCGAAUUAUCCGUAUUACGUUUUUAUACUAAUCUGUUUGUAUUACGGGCAAAAUUCUUAAUCGGGGCGAAUCUCAAAAAUGCCCUGGUCCAAACGCGAAGUGUCCACGAUACUUGGGCAAAACAUCGUGUUUCGGCUUUCGCCCGCACAAACCUAUAUUGUAUAGUUGUGAUGACCAACUUCGUUCGGGCAAAUCUGUAACAUCCAUAAAUAUACUAAAUAAAUAAAUCUUACAAUAAAAGUAGCAGCUACGGUUUUGCCCGAAUGUUUAUUUUAUAUUGUCACUAUAGUACUGUCAAAAAUCGGGUAUUUCCGUGCAACGGCUAAUUUAUCACCGAGGAGAUCGAGUAUUAUAAUAACAUGGUAUUAACAUAAUAUGUAUGGUACCUACCUAUUGUGAAAAGUUGAAAUUUACAUUACAAAAUCGACGUUACAGAUUUGCCCGAAUGGGGUUGGUCACAACUAGGUUUGUCCGGACAAAUAAGCUGAAAUAUGACGUUUUGCCUAAUUAUCGUGGGCAUUUCGGAGAUUAACCCGAUUUCGGCUAUUGCCCGUAACAUGUAUAAUAGAGUUCAGUAGGUAAAUAGAAUUUUUUUUUUCCAUUUCGAGAAUCUGUUCGAACAGUUUUCCCCCUGUCAUAUCGCAAUACAAACCAGGGGCGUAUAGGUACUCAAAGUGAGGAUUUCGGGUCCGGACCCCUACCGUACCCGAAAUGUAAAUGUAGUAAACUGUUCCGUAAAUAAUAUGUGUGUAGGUGUGUGACGCUCUGUGUGUGUACAACUAUUAUGAUUAUUAUAUUUACUAGUGUUAUUAUUAACAGUAAUCUGUUGGUUAUGAAUUUAACGAUAUAAUUAGAAUUAUUAUAGAACAAAUAAAAUACAAAUGAUUGGCCUCCCCCUCCCCAUAAGAAAUUCUCGGAUACGCCCCUGAUACAAACCAGUUCAGUAGUAACUGUUCGGUUGUGCCCAUCACUAAUAUGUACAUCAUCAAAUUGAAAAACGCGCGCAGACCAUGUAUACGCACGUAUACCAGGCGUCGGUUUAAGAAAAAUUAUUAUUCUAUGGUUUUGGAAUGAUUAGUUAAAUAGUAUAGUUCAAAUAGUCAGUUCGCCCGGAAAUAAUAUAGUAUUUGAAAUUUUACUCGAGGGAAAAUCCACACAUUUAUAAAUUGUACAGUAUUUACGAAUAAAACACACCGAUUACCAAACACAUCAACGUCUAUAAUACCUAUAUAGACGAGUUCAGUGCAAACCGAGAAUGGUAAAUCCGUGGAGUUUUUCAAACACCGGCGAUAAUCGUAAACUACACAUAUGAGCACUACAGAUUAUUCUUUAUCAAAUAUCUCAUUAUUAUUAUUAGGAAAAUAAUAUUAUAAAACUGUGAUUUUUUUUUUGUUUGUUUUUUACAUUGAUAAUUUCGAAUAGUUGAAAUUUUGUACGAAUAAAUGUGUUUAUAUUUCCACUUUAACAAUAGUAAUUUAUUAUAAUAUUAUUAUUGGUAAUUAUUACUACAACAUUACCAUCGAUAUAUUUUUUUUUAUUUUUCUGAUAUUUACGGAAAACGUCUUACAUGCAGUGUUUUUGUGUCUGACACAUACACAUAUUAUUAUAAUUUUUUACAAUAUUACUGUUAACUGUCUUUAUUCAAGUUUAUUAUUGUCAAUUAUUGAAAUAUUUCGUUAUUAUUAUUUAUUGUCGUUUCUGAAAAUUGGUAUGGUAAGUCGAUUUUCAAUGUAAAAAUUAUCAAGGCUGGACAUUAACGAGUUAAUUUGUUAAAGUUAAGUUAAUUUAACGUUUUAACUUAAUAAAUUAAUUUGUUUUUUGAACUUUUAACUCAAUUUUUAACUUGAGGAAUAAAAAAUAAUCAACUUUUAAUCAUAUUAGAAAAUUUCUGGUAAAAAUUUUAAAAUAACAAAAACAAAAGAAUAAUAAAUAUUGUAAAACCAAUAAAUUCUCGCUUUGUUCAUAAUCUAAAACCAGUUUUAGAUAAUGCGAAUUACUUGUAUAAUUUAUUGCCUUUGAUUUAUGGAUUUCUUUAACUCCUAUUACAAUUUUAUAGGAUUAUUCGGUUACAAUAAUAUUAUAUAAAUUAUAAUAUUUAAAAAUAAUUUUUAUUUUUUUAUUUUAAUAUUUUGUAAAAUUAUUUAAAAUUGUAUAAUGGGUACAAUUUUAUUAAAAUACUCUAAUCUCUUUACACAUACCGUUGGUUAAAUGGAAACGGAUAUUGAAUUAUUUAUUUAUAGAAUAUAGAUAAUAUUUAUUAUAAUUUUUUUUUUUUUUCAUAAAAUUUGCAAUGUUUUUGAUUAUUGAAGAAAAAUAAACAGAAACUACAACAUAGACCAAAACAUAUUGUUUAAAUAAUUUUGCCUGGGCGACACUAUGGCGAAUGACUGUGCCUAGAGUCUACUCUUUAUGUUUAAAUUUGCCGCUUUCCAUGCUUGUAAUUUCCAAACCCCAUCAAACAAAUCCGUGAGUGAUUGGCCAAUGUCGAAUUAAAAUAAAUAUAGGUAAAAUUUGUAUCAGUUAUCUAACAUUUAAUGUUUAAAUUGUCGAGUAUAAGAUUACACAGAUGUGUGAGACCAGAUUUUUUUUUAACAGGCUUAACAUAUUUUUUGUGUUACGAACGACAUUACUUCUUAGGCAAUAUUUCAAUUUUAAAUUAAUAACAAACUGCAACCCGGGGCUAAGUGGCACUAGUGCCGUUUACUUUGUAUUAUAUUAAAAUAUACUCCGACUGCGUAUGCUUAAUAUUUGGCCAUUAAAUUAAAAACCUCAAUUCAAUUAGAAAAUUAAAACCCAUUUUUUAUACGUCCUUAUUAAUUACUAGUAUUUCUAUCAUUAGUUAUUUUAUGUAUAACGGAAAUAAUCUUUGCAGAUGAAACUACGAGUAGCUUAUAUUUUUAAUAAUUGUUAAAUAUCUGAUGAGUGGAUGAAAUUAACUUAUAUUUCAUGUUCGCGGUAAACAAUUUAAACUAACGUUAACAUGAAAUUAAGCUAAUCAAAAUAUUAUUAGUAUUGAAUUAUGAAUCAUUAAUUAUUGGUUUUUUUCGUUGAAAUGCAUGCAAUAUGAACAGGAAUUAUCUACAUCUAAGUAAAUAAUUCAAACCAAUUUUUAUAACAUAAUACAUUUAUCAAGCACAUACGAUAUAUAUACAUGUAUAAAUAAUUUACUACUUGUUAGCAGUUUGUUCUCUAUUUAAUUCUUUGUCGAAUAUCAAAUAUUUGAAAAAACACUACGUUAUUACUAACUUUGUAAUUUAAUUUUUUGAAUCACAAAAUAUAUAAUGAUUUUGAUUUUUUUUUUAAGGUUAAAAAUUAACCUUAAAAAAAAUAAAAAUGUACAUAAUUCACAACAAGUAUGUACGCAGACACACGAAAGCAAAAGUGCGCAUACCAUUUUUCAUUUUAUAGGCAAUUGGUUUAAAUUAUGGUUUGUUUUUUUUUCGUUUUUUAAACUGCAGAAUAAUUAUUAUUCCCCCCCCCCCCCAAUCGCUUUUUGUAAGUAUACCUACAAUCGGUUUGUUAUCCUGUAAAGGGACACUUUCACUCGGUCCGCAUGUAGUUUGAUUCAGUCCGACCGCGUUACAUUCUUAUUUGGAUUUGUUAUUUUUAUUGGGUUACAAUAAAAACGGCAAAUGUAUAACUGUAGUCUGUAUACAUGAGAAAUUCAUAGAACGUUUUCACAAUAGCACGUGCACAAUAUGUAUGGAGACACCUUGUGUUGCGCAGAAAUCCUCUUAAAUAAUUUAUAUUAUUACUUAUCAUAUAUUGUUAUUCUAUGUCGAAAUUUUCACGGUUUUCUUUUUAAUAUAAUUUUUAAAUAUAAACUAUGUAACACUGUUAAAUACAUACCUACUCCAUUUGUCCAUAUUUUUUCAAGUGGAAUCGUGUCUGUCGACUGUCACACGUGUUCUGCGGUUUAAUCAUCACUGUGUAAUACGCGUUCCUUAAUGUCCUCGUGUAAACAAAGAGCUCACAGAUGUUAUCACAGACACGUGCCUUGGUGACAGGAUAUUGCAGGCGUCGACGGCAUUUUUACUUCCUGUAACCUUAUAUCCUAUUCUUGUUCCUGGACCACCCUAUAUACUUUUGCAGGAUAUUCAUUUUGAGAACGAGAGAAUAAAAAUAAUAUGCGGGAUCGUUAUUAUUAUUAUUAUUUUAAUUCUUAUCUAUACUAAGUUUUACAAAUAAAUAAUUAUAAUUAAAAACGCCCAAUAUUGUCUUGAUAUAUGUUCGAUAAAAACUGCAUAUAUAACAAUACAUUUCUCAAUGUAUUUAUUUAAAUAAUAAUCGUAGUCGUACAUUAUUUUAGGUUCUGAGCGAAGCGAGGAAUGUAUGGGUUUUACAAUGAUGUUCAUUUUUAUUGUACACAAUUUCUACGAAAAAUUUUACUUCUAUUUUCAUAAGUGUAGCUCCUUUUCAAAAGGAAAUUUUAUCUAGUUGGUACUCUAGGAAGUAAUUUUUUGAUUUUUUAAGCGGUAGUUGGAAAAAACCGGGAAAAUGUAUGAAAAUAAUGAUUCUAUUAUUUUUGUUUUUUUGUUGUGAUUCAGUUAAACAUAUUUGUAGAGAUUGGAAUUUUGGAAAGAAAACUUAUAUUUGUUUUUUUUAGACGUGAUAAAAUUUUUAAAACAUUUACGCCAUUUUUGAGUUAUUCGUAGACAUUUUAGUUUUGCGAGUUUUUACGUAAUUUUUAUUCGGUAGGUAUUUUGUGGAUAAAAUUAUUGGACCAAACAGAAAUGCUUGGAAAUUUAACAGGAGGUUCAUUUUUAGUUAUACUUAAUGGCCAACAAGAAAAAGUUGAGUUUAAUAUAAUACAUUUUUUUAUACUAAUUUUAGUAUCAAAUUUUGACAAAAAUUGUAAUUAAAUACGGCCUUUUAAAACAUGUAUAACUGAACUCCGCUCAGGAUUGUUUUUCGUUUACAAUGAUUAAUCGUUGCGAACAGAUAUACAUUAAAUUUCUCUUGAUAUCAUACCUUCCCACUUUUCACCCAAAACAGUAACUCACCUAUCGUAUGAAGUAUGUCCGUCUCUUUCAUUCAUGGAAUUAAAAAAAAAAAUAUAUCAGUUUCUAUAAUAAUAAGUGCAUAUUAUGUAGGUAUAUAAAUACAGUUUAUUGAAAUAGCCUUUAGAAUUAAUUGCCAACGUACUAUAUAUUGACCUGGUCGUAUUCCAUGUACAGAAAUACGGUUAAAUUUAACCCCGACAACGCGGCGCAGUUCAUUGCGAAUGCAACCGCCUUUUGACCUUUAGCAAAUAAACUAAGUAUAUAUAUGUUCUACUAAAACCACACUGCAGGAAUUCUUAAACCGUAGUAUAUUGAAAUAUACUUUAAUUCUAUUCUUUACAUACUUUAAUAUACCAAUGUAUUUAAAUUUAUAUGAAUUUUCAUAAUUAUGUGCUUUAUCGUUGUUACUUAGGUAUAAGUUUACUUAGAAAUAUAAACCUACUUCUCUUUUGUUACGAAAAAGCGCUACGAUCAAUUUAAUACUACACAAGUUUUCAACAUUAUAUGAGUUAUAUCGGUCGUUAUAAAAACCGGGUAUUUAAUAUUUGUGUAUAUUUCAACUUGAGAAAUUAAAUUGUUUGCGAUACGCUAUUCGUGCAGAGUUCGUUUUAUCCGUAAACAUUAUAUUGUGAUUUAUGAUGCGUAGUUGGGUAGUAUAAUCUGCAAAAAAGCGAUACGACAUAAAUUUUUUUUGACACGCUAUUUUUUAUAAUUACCGAUAUACGUUUAAGAUAUUUUUUGGCUAACAUUCUAGGGCCUAUGGCUAUCAAGCUAUGGGUGAUUAAUUACCCAUUCCCACUAGGAUGAUGGUCUUACGGUUUUUUUCUACAAAAUAAAUUUUACAUAAUAUAUCAUCUAACGUGUGUACUACUUUUUUGUUUGCAGGAUUAUGAAUUAGAACAAAAAAUGGAAUUUGAAAUGAAAAUGCGUGAAGGUACGACUCGGCUUCUGGCUGCUUGCAAACAUCAAACACAAUCUCUGCAGGCUGCUAAAAGCUUGUUGACAUCCAACGAAAGAAUGACCGCGUAUAUUGCCGAAUUGCACAAGAAAAGUCGAGAGCCUCCGCAGUAAAUUUGUUUUACUAUACAUAAUUGUCAAUUCAUUUUAUCAAUGUAAACAAAAUAUAAUAUAUUUUUCGUUUUUGUUAUAGAAUUGGAUGGAAUUGUGGCAAAGCUCGAGUAUCUCUGUCAGAUUUACGACUUCCUUUGAUGUGGCGAGACACUGAUCAUUUCAAAAAUAAAGGAGAUUAUCGACGGUUCGCUGUAUUUUGUUUGGCCAAAAUUGGUACUCAACUGUUUGACACCAGUCUCAUGUUUCCGGUGGAUAGAUCUAUGACUGAUGUUACGUUUAAUGAUGUGUUGCUUUUGUAAGUUAUGCACUUACUAAUGCACAUUGUUUUAAGAUAUAAUGGAAAGGUUAAAUAUUUUUAUUCUGUUUAUACAGUGAAAAUAUUGGACCAGAUUUCAAACUUGAAUUAGAAGUGUAUGCCCAUGUACUGCGCGAUGACUUCUCAAUAGCAAGCACUCCUAGAAAAAUCAAGAACACACUGCACAGUUCUAUAAGUCGUACAGUUGGUAAAAAAUUGGCUGCCACGUUAAGGGAUGAAUUAAAUAGUAGUAAAAUGUAAGUAAUCAGUAUUCAAAAUUAAUGAAAAACACAUUUUUCACCUAACAAGGUUUUUUAACAAAAUUUUUAAGUGCAUCUAUUAUGUUAACAAUGUAAUUAACUUUUAGUGGACCUAAUUUUGAGUUAAUGGGAUCAGCUAACUUGACUUUAGAAGAAGUAGACGAUAGAGUACAUACACAUGACAUUAAAAUUGAAAGCACUCGUGAGUAAAUAAUUUAUAAAAAAAAAAAUCUAUUUUUUUAAUAUUUAUAUUAUUUAUUUCAUACAAUAUAUUUUCAAUUGUUUGUUUUCAGAAAAUCGGAAUAAUCAACUACCACUUUUUGGACAUUUUUGCUGUCGUCUGGCUGCACAACCUCAGUGUAUUUCUUCUCCUGUAUACUCAGGUUAUAUAAGAUUACGAAGCCAGGCGUCUUCUUCAUGGGCUACUCUUCAAGCAUUUGAACUAUCAGUAUGGUCAUCUGAGGAAGAAGCUAAAUCUCAACCACCACAAAAUCAAUAUAAAGUUGAUCGGGUAAUAUAUUAGGUGUGAUUUAAUAAUUACAAGUUAAGUGUAACAAUUUUUAAUAUGUUUUAUCCAGAACACUGUAAUUCGAGCUUUAAAAACCAAUAAUGAAAUAGAAAUAUCCAACGAAUCGGAAAAACGAACUGUAUCAUUUGUAUUUUCAGUAGAAAACGGCGAAGAAAAGGGUAAUUGGCUAAAAUAUUUAGUGCAACAUACCAAAGAACAUUACAAGUAUGAAAUAUUUUAAAUAAAUUUGUAUGCUUGACAAUUUAUUUUUAAUUUAAUAAUUUCUUUAGAUGGAAAAAAGCGGCUGAAAAUGUCAUGGAAGUACAACUGUUAGAAACCAGCAGGCAUUCAUUUGUCAAGCCUGAGCGACAAGGUUCUCUUUAUGAUGAAACUCCACUAUUUGGUAAUAAAAAUACUGAAUAAUUACUUUUUAUAAUUUUUACUAAUUAUAUUUUAUAGUAUCAAUUUAUGAAGUACAGUUUUAUUCUAUUUAUGGUUUUUAUUACAAUAUAUGAUAUGAUAUAACAUUUUAAGUAUUUGUGUUACUUGUACUUAUCUUAUUAGUUAUUAAUUUAUUUUAUAGGUAGUUAUUAUUAUUAUUGUAUAAUAGUUUAAUAUUAACUAAUAUAUUUAAGGCUGAUGUAUAGUUUUUACAUUUAAUAUGUGCAAUUUUGAACUUUUAAAUGUAAAAAUGAAGGUCUAAAAACCCUGUAUUACAAUGACACUGUAUGAGAUAAUUCUAUUGACAUAAUGUUUAAAGGGAUAUCAACAAAUUGUCUAUAAAUUAACACAGAAAGAAAUAUAUUUCUUUAUAUUUUUUAUAUUUUAAUUUAUAAUACGUUAUUUAUUUAAAAAAUAUUAAUAUUAAAAAUAGAGCUAAGAAAUACCCUAUAAAACAACAAACAAAUUUCCUAAAAAUUCUAAUAAAUGUUAGUAAUUUUUUUAAUUUUAAUAAUUUUGAAAUAAAUAAUGUUUGAAUUUAAAUUAUAAAAAGUCUUACAGACAAAACUGGACUACUUUUAAUCUGGAAAAACUCGUACUGAACAGUAUCAUCAAAAUUCAAUAUCAUUUAUAUAACUUCAACAGAUUAUUAAACAGAAAAUUCAGCAAUUUCAAAGAAACUGUUCAUUUUUCCAUAGGUCAAUGCCUUUUGUUAUCUAGAUUUAACUACUACUAAUUAUUAUUGUCGAUAAUAUAAUAAUAUGAUUACUUAUUUAGUACUUUUUUAAGUAUACAAAAAUCAUGUUAUCAUGAAAAAUACUAUAAAAAAAAUUUCAAAUUCAAAUUUUGGACCAAUAAUCUUCAAAGUUGUCCAUAAAACACUAAAAUGCUUUAAAAAUUGAUAGUUAUUAAAAAAUACAAAAUAAAAUUUCUUCAUUCUAAAGUAAAAUAGGAAAAAUAAGUAACACAAUACAUAGCGAAAAUUUAAAAUAAAAUAUUUUAUCUUAUCUAAAAUUCUAUUUACAGAAUUAAAAUAUAAAAUACAUUACAUAAUUUAAAUUACUAAAUAAUUAAUUAAUAAUGUUGAUGACUUUUUGAAAAUGAUAAAUGUUUUGUAUUAUUUAGAAUCAUUCGAUAAGAACAACUCUAGGCCUUGUGUUAUGGACAUGUUCUCCAAUGGAGGCCAAGUAUCUACUACUAGCCUUAACUCUUGUUCAUCAACUGGUUCUGGGUCUCAUAACCUACGCUCAAACUCGACGUCAUCUUCAUCAUCAACUGUAAGCAGCAGUGGAACCCAAAGGUCUCGAUCACAUUGGCCGUUUUCUAGGAAAACGUGAAUAGCAUAUCUAAUAAGAUUCUACUCCUUCAUUACAAUGCACAUAUGGUGGAGCGGGCUUUACUUAUUUAGAUUCUAGUUGUAUUUGUAUAUCCUAUAUAUACCAUUUUUGUACCUGCUAAAAUAUUAAUUGUGCUUAAUUUAAAUAGUUUUAUAAUAAUUUAUUACUUUUAGUACUUAUACAAUUUUUUUUUUUUAUCUUUAUUGAUUCAUUAUCCAUUUUAUAAAUAAAAAAAAUAUAUAUACAUAUAUAUUAUUAUAUUAUCUUUCGAAGUUUAGCCCUCUCUAAUCAAUGUGUCUUUAAGACUUGAAAACAAUAGUAUUAAAUUAAAUUGUAUAGAAUAAGUUUAUUUUUUUGUAUCUGAAAAUUCAUUAUCAGAGUAUCAUUUUUAUGCUAUGAUUGUUAUACUUUAUAGUUAUAUAUAUUUUAAAUUGUCCUAUCAUAUUUUAUCAUUUAUAAGUGAAUUCUUAAACUUUGAUAUUAAAUAGAUAAUAUGUAUAAUAUUAAAAGAUAUGAAUAUAAUAUGUAAUAUUAAUUUAUUACUAUAAUUAACGAGUAACGUCUAUUUUUGUACUGAUCAUUUUAAAUAAUAUUAAGCUUUUAUAAUUUGCUGAUGCAUUUUUAUCUGGCUGUCUACAUUCUUGCAUCUUGUAUAACUUGUAUAAUAAUAAUUGCAAGGAUAUUCAACAUAUUAAAUUAUUUAUAUUGACAUUAAACUAUGG